AGUUAACCGUUGAUAUCUACAGAAGUGCUUAUUGUGUGUGAGAAGAUACACCUUUUUCAAAGGUGUGUGAAGAUUUUCAGUUGUGCUUCCUUGAUGAUAAAAGGACCAGUUGAGUUGAAAGUAUCAGAUGUUGAUGGGUGUAGAUUUUUGUGAGAAUCGCGCGGGCAGUUACCGGAACGGUUACUUCGUGGCGAAAACCCGGAAAUAUAAAAUUUUAUAUCAUCUAGGAGAGGUAGGAGAUUGGUCCACUGACCCAGCAGACACGUCGAAGUCGUCUCCAACGCCAAAGAAACCAUCACCGGAUCAAGUCGAGGACGAAACCGAACAUUCACCAAAAGUCGAGUCGGAUGAAAAGACUCCGAGGAUUCGACUGAAAGCGAAUCUGGCUACUGACCCUGCGCUGCAUUCACAGCUCUUAUCACAUUUGAAUGUUGACCAGGAACAAUCUCCUAGCGAAUAUCUGGCAAGUUUGCCCUCUGCUCUACAGAACGCUCUGUCAAGGGGAUUCUUUCUUCCCAAUAUCAUUCCUGCCGCUGAGGUGUCAAGGCCAACGGAAUCCUUAGAACCUAAGCAGCCAAUUGUACCGAUAUUCCAAUGCCCGCCCUGUGGAAUCAGAUUCUCGUCUCUGAGCACCUUGGAAGCUCAUCAAACAUAUUACUGUUCUCAUAGGAUCAACAAACCGGCAAAUGACGACGAGUCGAAGUCAACAGGAGCCGAAGCGAGUGGAAACCAUUCGGAUGUAGAUCUUUCCGAAUCAACGUCGAAAAAUAUUCGUGUUGGAAAACAGUACACUUGUACGCAGUGUUCAUACAGUGCCGACAAGAAAGUCAGUUUGAACCGACAUAUGCGGAUGCAUACCGUGUCUCCAAGCCCUAGUCCUAGUACGACAAACUUAAUACCCAACGGCGAUUCCAGUAGUGACAACCAGGAUCGCUAUUGCGCAGAAUGCGACAUCAGAUUCAGUUCGCAAAAGACGUUUCGUGCCCACAAAAUGCAUUACUGCAAUUCCAGGCAUAUGAUCAAACCUUCCAUAUCAACCGCCAAAACGACGUCUAAUAAUUCCGGUUCGUCGCCUACUUCCCCUGCAGAGGCUACUUCUUGCAAAACUCCCCCCUCCCCUUCUACUUCGGCUGCUCCAAAUCAGCCCUUCUUGGCGCUACCAACCAAUCCCAUUAUUAUUGUGCCAUACUCCCUGUUCCGAAGCGCCAGUGUUUUGCCUGGACUGUCCCCAGCUGCUGGCAUGCCAAACCCUGACACUCCCUGCUUCCUUUUACCAAAUGGUACCCUUCAACCAAUGACGAACGCAUUGACUUCGAAUCAUUCCAGUCAACAGCAUGAAGUAGUGAGGAAUGCGAACAAAUCCAAAGAACCUGUAGUUAUCAGAGAUACCUCAUCCACUCCGUUAGAUUUGAGUGUGAGGAAAUCUCCCGAGCUUGACGAUCUAGUUAUCGACCUGGGCGAAGAGCAGGAGAAAGAAAAUCGGAAGCGGUCUCCUUCUCCUGAAAAAAUUGAGUGCGUUCCGUCGCUGCACUGUUCUCCUCCAACAACGCCAGUCUCUCAUACCAAUUCGUCUCCUAGCUUGAGUACUUCGCCAAAAAGGAAACUGGAUGAAACGUCGAGAAGCAGUAGUCCCAAGCGAUUAAAGUCGAAGUCAGAGAAAGUUAGAACGAGCCCGGAAAUGAACAAUUUACCGCCAUUUGACGGUUCUUCCUUACAUCCCUUGUUGAUGCGAGGAUCUUUACCUCUAUUUCCCCCCGACGUGCAGAUGAGGUUGACUGAGAUGCCUGCGAUUCCACCAGUAAUGCCCCAGGUCCUGGUGAAGCAAGGAGUAUCAAAAUGCAAAGAUUGCAAUAUCGUCUUUUGUAAACUAGAGAACUAUGUGAUUCACAAGAAGCAUUACUGUUCUGCAAGGUCACAGGAAGAAGACAGUUGUAAAACUUCGGGAAGUCCGCCUGCCAGCCCUAGGAGUACCGGAACGACGAGUCCUGCCGGGCAGUACCAGCAACUGAUUUGCCUUGCUUGCGGUAUCAAAUUCACCUCACUUGAUAAUCUCAACGCACAUCAAGCGUACUACUGCUUGAAACGGGGCGAAAUGGAUCCGAGGAAAUGUGGAAAGUGUAGGGGAGUAAUCGAACCGGGACAUCAAUGCAUAACGAGCCCAUCGUUUGCGGGAUGGAAGUGUCCUUGUUGCGAAGUCAUAAGUCCUACAGCCAGUGCAGCUCAGAGGCAUAUGGAUUCUCACGCGGGGAUCAAGGCCUACAGGUGUACCAUUUGCAGGUACAAAGGGAACACACUGCGAGGAAUGAGAACCCACAUCAGGAUGCACUUCGACAAACGAUCCCCAGAUCUACAGGAGGAGAAGUAUAUCACAUACAUUCUUGAAGAUGAAGGUACCAGCACGGUUGAAGUGAACGUGAUUCCUUCCCAUGGCCCAGCGAGUAUUCUGGACGACCGAUCCAGAUCUCCUAACACUGAAAGUUUCCUGGAACCCAGCCACCAUUGCAACCAGUGUUCCUACAGCUCAUCAUACAAAGCCAACGUUCUGAGGCACAUUAAACUAGUCCACGAGAGCUCACACGCGGAAGAUUCAGCUGUUAAUGGCUCCGAGGAAAAAGAAAUCAGGUCUAUGCCUCUUCUGGAGGAAGACGAGGAGAUACUGGUGAAAAAAGAGGCGAUUGAGCCGGAAGUAAUCAUAGCGCACGAUGAAGAUCAUAUAAUAAAAGAGGAAGUCAUGGAACCUUCUUCUACGUCGAAGCCCGAAGAAUUGGAAGAAGUUGUUCAAGGCACAGCUAAAACUGGAGCCAGAUAUUGCAAAUCUUGCGACAUUUAUUUCAACUACUAUUCGACGUUCGUUGCGCAUAAAAAGUUUUAUUGUUCCAGUCAUGCUGGAGAAGUGACGAUGAUGUCGACGAACAACAAUAAUAAUAAUCCGACGAGUCGUCCGUCGGAAGAAGCGUCGGUACUCUGAGCUAGCUGACGGGAUCUGAACGUGGAUAAGGAAUGUUCAUAGGUGUUAUAAAUUGGGCCAGUCCUCUCAUGUAUACGCGCGACAUAUUUUAAUGCCUCAACACAAACCGACUAAGCGAUCGGCGUUAUCAUUUUUACGAAAAAGUACACAACUGUGUGUAUUAUUUCAAUAUUGGACCGGCAUUAAUAAUGCGAUUUUCAGAAUCUCAUUGAUGAAUUGUGAUAAUAAUGCAUUAAGUAGAAAUAACCAACUAUUUCAGCUCAAUAUCGCUCAUGUAACUGAACCAUAAAUGUUGUUCUCCAUUGGAAUGUAUGAAGGAGAAGCUAUUGACAAAGUUGGAGCAGUCUGAAAUGUACUAUUUCUAUAUUUCUACUCCAUAUUUGAUAUUUGAUCUGCAAGCGUGUUGAUCCUUGAUUUAGUGAAAGAAUUUGACCAGUUUGUCAUCCUUUUUUCCUUGUAAUACCUGAAUUAAUAAUUAAAACAAUGAUUCAGGCUAGAACAAAGUUGACAAAAUGGUUGAGUCUUUCGCGGCCGAGGUUUUUAGUAUCACUAUUUGUAUUUGGGUUUGAGGGCCGUUGAUUUUAGGAGUUUCUUCCCAAGCAAAGGCCAAGAAAACCUAGAGAGAGAGAUACGAGUGCCUACUUCUUCAGAGGUUUAUUAUUGUGUGAUUUUUUAAGAGGUAUAGGAUUUGAUUUUCAAAACAACACAAAA